AAGGUAUACGCAGAGGUUUUAAAAUACUUCAAGAAGAUAGGAAACAAAGCCAAGAUAAUUUUGCUAAUAUUGAUACCACCUGGAGUGCUCUUGACUGUGUAAUUUAUACAAGUACUGUAGAAGCUAGUAUCUCUUUUGAAAUAUCUGGUUAUUUUGAUGCAGUUAUAGGAAUUACUAAUAUUGCUACUUCUGUUUAUAUUGAAAAACUCAUUCGAGCUGAACUUUCAGUAUUAAGACCUGAAGACUUACUAACAAUAAUAAAAGGCUAUCUUAUUGCUAGUACUGGAGCAAUACUUGAAUUAAUUUUAGUAGAAAAUACUGAAAAAAUCAACAAGAAUAAAAUUUCUCAUACAAUUAAAAAUACUAAGAAAAAAUUAAAAAGAAUAUAUGCUUCAGAUGAUAUUAAUGGUUUUGUAACUCAAGAAGAAAUAAUAGCUAUAAAGGUGAAUAAUUCUAAAUAUUUCUCUAUAGGUCCAAUUCUUCCAUUAUAUAAACCAGAAUUGAUUGAUGAAACUCAGGAUUUUUUCGAUUCUAUGCCUAUUACUAAUAAUAUUACUUCAGAAUAUACAAAGCAUGAAGUUUCUGACUUAUCUAAUAAUGAGAUUGAUGAAAAAGAUUUAUUCUUAAAAAUGCUAGCUCAAUAUGAUACAAAAUAUAGAAAAAAUUCUUCUUAA